AUGGUCAAGCAAUUGAACACCGCGUGUGAUAUCUUUAUGAUUAUUGCUUGGACCUUUUCAGUUGUGGAAACUGUUGCUAUAUACGGACUUACAUCGUACGCAAAAUUUGGCUACAAAACAUCAGAUCUGGUCCAAUUUACGAUUGAUAUGCCGACUAAAAUGAAAUGGGCAAUGUUCGAUUCCCUUUGCUAUAAUCCGAUCCUCGGCUUCGUCAAGGCCUCCAUGAUUCUCCUCUACCUUCGCCUUGGGGGGUUGAGGCAUUCAGUUCGAUACGCCUCAUAUGCGCUCUUAUUCAUCAAUUUUGCCCUCAUGAUCGCUAUCUUUUUUGUCGAUAUGUUUCAAUGUGUACCUUUUUCGUAUAACUUCUACUCGAUGGAGAUGGAUUUGGCGGCUCAGAUCAAAGAAAAUGCGACAGACCCGGGGAUUGGGCCUUAUGGGCCUGUAACAUCCGGAUUCAAAGAUGGGAAAUAUGUGACUGGUGGGAGCUGCAUCAAUAGUAUCAAUUUCACCAUGAUUACUGCCGGUCUUACUAUUUUUACGGACUUUUUAGUUCUAUGCAUACCAAUCUACAUGGUAAAGGAUAUGAAAGUUAGUCCACCAAAAAAGAUUGCUGCAAUUUUCAUUUUAUGCAUGGGCUUGGGAGUCACUGCUGUCGGUAUCUGUCGUCUUCAAUUCACUUAUCGUGCAUUUCACCCCAAUGUUUCUGACCCAGGAUUGAACGUUAACAGCGCAGUAUCUCAAAUUGAGACGGGCCUUGCAUUAGUUAUUGGAUGCGUCCCAGAUCUUCUGCCUCUCAUCCAUCUACUCAUCCCCAGUUUCUUGAAUUUUGCGACUAAAAAAUCGACCCACGCAGCUCAAUAUCCUUACCUUCGAACCUUGGGUUCCAGCCAGAUAUUGCGAGGCCAAAAUGCGAAAGACGGUAACAAAUCCUACGAAGGACAUGGACUAGACAACCUGAAGUUACGUCCCGACAACGGGCUGGUGCAAUGCGAAAUACAAGUUACAGGCGCCGCGAGUACCGACAGCUUGACCAGUAGUCAAAUAGGAAUAUUUGACAAAAACAUAGAUGACAAUUUGGAGUCGAUGACAAUUAUCAAGACGAUUCAUUUUUCUGUUGAGGAAUCAGACCUAAAUGAUCCAAAUCCAAAGAAGACUUGGAUGGGUAAUCUCGCCUCAAAGAGCAUACGGGUUUUAUCAGUCUGGGAAGUUCCCCUGAUGUGA